CUUUUCACUUGACGAUUAACUGUAGACAGUAGGGAUUUAGCUGAAGUCUAAGCCCUAGACUAAUUUUUUAAGGUUAACGAAUUUACGCUAGCCCUAUCAAACUUAAAACGGUUCUUUUUGCUCACAUUAUGAUUUUAUAAAAUUUAGGGAUAAACCAACUUUUGCUCUAAUUUAAUUCAUAACACUAAAACAAAUUGACGGAAAUGCCUCAAGACAGAGGACAUCGUCGAAAACAUAGCAGGUAGGUAAAUUUUUAAAUUAUGAAAUAUCACUUCUUCAAAGACUAUUAAAAGUAAGACUUAUUGUAAUAUUCUUAAAAAUAACCAAGUAUUAUAAUACUGAUGAAAUAUAAAUAGAUGGGCCUGGUAUAAAAUUAAAAAGGUAAAGUUAUGGUACACAUUGUUCAGGUUAAAAUGUAAUCCUAGCUACUUCACAUGUGAAAAAACAACUGUUAAAGUUUAAGUUACAAAUUACCAAAACAAAGGAAUACUAUAAUUACAAAACAGUGUAUAUGAUAAUUAAUUAGGAUUUAAUAUUAUUAAUAAUUAAUGAGUAGGCAGGUAAAUUACGAGAACGAAUGCCACUAUUUUAUCGAAUUUCACGAAUGACGAAUGUAUCCCUAAAUGCCUAAAUCUAUCCCUAUGCCUAACCUGCACCCUAAAUCGAUCCCUCAACCUAACCUAAACCCUAAAUCACUGCAACUAUAAUAAACACCAUAAAGACGCCGUGGCAUUCGUCCUCAGAUUUAGCUGAGUAGGCAUUUUUGAUAAAGCAAGGGAGACUAUUUCAAAAUUUGGGAUAGCGGUAAGUAGGCACUUCAAUUAAGCCCUGUAUUACCCGAAAAUUGGGUGUUGUAAUUUCGUUGUCAAAAUGGCGACCUCACUUUUUAAUUUACUGAGGGUAUCGUUUUUCUAUUAGCCAUUGUAGGGAUAACAAUACUUGUCCACGCACCGUUCUGCACAUGUCCUAAAAUGUCGAAAAAAUGUGUUCUGCUAUAUGGCGUACAGCUACACGGUAUCAUUGGAAAAUUGCAUACUACGUCACCUUUGUUUAUUAAAUAAUUGCUUUCCUCAUCACUGGCGUAUCAGUUUUUGUGUUCCGGUCAUAUAUUGAUUUAUGCUACGAUAUUUUUUGUGCAUCACGGGCAGUAUUAUUAUAAUGAUUCGGUUAGUAUAAAAAUCGCAUAAAUACUUUUUUACUUGUAAAGCCACCAAAAUAAGGUUUAGUGCUCCCUAAUCUACAUUCAUUGUAAGAGUUUUUUCAUUUUUUGAGUUAUUAUUGUUGAGCUCUCGAUAAAAAGUUAUGCAUCCCACAAAGAAGUGGGGGGUAUGAAAUUGUCAAUAUUUUUUUAUUUUCACAGAGAAGCCGGAAAUGGCUGCUAUCACUGUGAUUCGUUUAUGUUAAAGUUAAAUCCUUAAACUUAAACAUCUAGAUAAUUAUAAGACGUUUAAAAUGAAUCAUUUUAAGAAAAGAUUAUAACCAAACUUGAAAAUUUUAUGUAGUAACCAAGGGUUGGUUUUAAGUUUUAUUUAUUACGUUAAAAAUUGUGUACGGUACCAGUACACAGUUUAUCGUUUUUUCAUUAUUGAAUCAAUAUUUAAUAUUUUUACAAUAGUAAUAUCGAUAAUAAUAAGCCUUUUUCUCUUAUUAAUUAUUUUAGAGAAUAUUACUAAAAUUAGGCUUACUUAUCAUUAUCAGUUAUAAUUAUAAACAACUGUUAUUAUAAACUAUAAUAGUCUAUUUAGGCCUAAGCUUAAUUUUUCUUAAUCUGAUUCUAUUACAAGUAUAAGUUCUAUAUAUAACAGUUUUAUUAAAAUACAUCAAAUUAAUAAACAAGACUCAAACAACAUCAUCAUAGAAAUUAUAUUUUUAUUAGGACAUAGAAAAGCAGUACAUAGACAAUUAUUUAAUAUUUCAAAUAACAUUUUGUAAUGAAUUAGUCUCAUCAUUAUCAUAUUAUCAUCAUGGAUGAUUUUAUUUGAGUAAUUUUUAUUUAUAUUUACAUGCGUUCAAUUUUAUAAAUAAAAAAGACUACUUACAUUUUUAUAAAUAUAAUAAUUGAUUUAAAAUUUAACACAAGCAUAAUAAAAUUAGUUAAAAUCCAAUAAAUAUGUUGUUGUUUUUUUUGUGUUUUCCUGUAUAAAUAAUGAUUUUCCCAAUUUUUCUGUUCACUUUUUUCUGAACAUACCCACAAAUAAAUUUAUAAAAAAAUAAAAGUCUUAAUGUUAUAUAAAAGUUUUGUUGUUUAUUGUACUGUAUAUUGCAUUGAGAAUGUCUCCUGAACAUUUGGUAGUAUUAUCUUUUAAAAUCAAAAAGUUUUGGGUAAAAUAAGGCAGAAAUUUUGAAAGUGGGUCACACGUUUUUUCAGUUAAAUACUAAGAUGAAGAAGGGGGUGUUUAAAAGUCACCAAAAAAAAAUCAUAACUCCACUUCUAUAAAAGAUAGAAAGAUGAAAUUGGUGUUGUUGUAAAGCUUAUAGCUAGCCCUUUAAAAUGAUGUAUCAUUCAUGGCAAUUGGACAAUAUUUAAAUUUUGUGUCAAAGUACCUAACCAUUGGGUUGUUUAAUUUAGUCCAGGUAAAUAUGAAGUUUUUAAUUUAUUACACUAUCAUAACUGUAUUGUGCUGAAAUUAGGGAUUACGGCAGUCAAUUGCAGUUAAAUUUUGAAGAUUGAAUUUACCUAUCACUUGUAACACAUGACUUCAUUAUUCUAAAUUAGGUCACUGUCACCAAUCCCCAACAAACACAAACGCAGCUGGCAGAAUGACAUAUCUGGUUCUGGGGAUGGAGGAAGGCCAUUUGGAAGACACAGAUCCCCUUCCCCUAUGAGACGGGACACAAAACUAUUCAAAUCACCUUCUAAAUUGGGUGGUCAUAAAACCUUUCAUGCAUCAUCACCUGGUGGACAUAAAAGUCGUUCUCCUCGUAACCAGAAAAGAUCUCGGCCCAGGUCUCCUUAUUCUGGUCAGUUAGGUUUGAAACAUUUGAUUAUUAUGAGCAAGUAAAAUGUGUAUUCAUUUUAGGUAUAAUUACUAUAAUUACUAUAUGAUAUGGACUUAUUGCUGCCGAUCCACUUUCAGGCAGAGGUUUAUCCCCCUCAUUUUCUAGACAACCUCAUUUACACCCUAAUAGAGAUUAUAGUAGACCAGUAUCCCGACCAAGCCAUCUAGAGGAGAGGGAGAGGUCAAGGAUAAGGCACGUCCCUCCUUUGAAAGCUGGAGUUGAAAGGUCAGAUCUUUCUUUUACAUGCAUCCAAGAAACCUUAAAAAAUAUUUUAAAUAAAUUAUUAAAAAGUUAAACCAUAAAAUUUUAAAGAUUGCAGUUAAUUUAUGUUUUCCUCUGCAUGAAAUAAAUUGAGUUCUUGUAUGUAAGUUUAUUUUGUACAAUGCCUUAUUAAGAUUUGAUAUCAGGGUGUUAAAUAUGGUUCUCACUAUAUUUGAUUAAAAUAUUUUAAAAUCAGUCUUACGUACAGUAUUUACUCUUAGUAAAUUUGAUUUGAUUUAUUCAUGUUAGUUUUGGUUCUGUCAAAGUAUUAAGAAUUUUUUUUUUGGUAAAAAUUUAGCUUCAAACUUGAAUCUAAAUUCAACAAGAGUACACCUAAUACUCACACUGAACUAACCACAAAGAAGAAGCUCAAGCAAAGCCCACCUCCAAAGCGCCCAAGAAGCCGUUCCCCCGCUAAUUCUACCCUGAAACGGAGUGAACCCAGCUCACAACCACAUCAGAGAGAAACAUUGAUGUCGGAGCGUAAAGUCAGCUCAGUUAGUAAGAAGAAACAAUCAAGAGUGACACUACACAAAAGAUUCACACAAGAGGAGCAGGAACCAUUUGAAUUGGAGGAAAACGUCACAAUUGCUAUUUUACGUAAUCCUAAUGCUGAGCCAUCUGAGGAUGUGACAGUGAAGGUAAUUAGGGAAUUAAAUGAACUGGUUGUAUCUUUAAAGGUUUAUAUUAACUAAUAUAGGUAAGUCUGUACUAGGGUUUCACAAGCAGGAUCAGAUUUUUAUUAUAGAAAAAAACAUUCAAAGAACAAGCUUUUAGAAUAUCGAUUUGUUUUAUUUUUAAGUUUCAUGUUACAAAUUGUCGUUAAAGGCCUUGACUUGAGUAGUAGGCGUGACUCUUGUGUUCCAAGUCAAAGAUGUUGUCAGAAUUUUCAUUGUGUCAAUAUCAUAUCACCUACAGGACUCCAUCUCCGGGUUUGUUAUCUGAGUUUGCCUUCUCUUAUAUGAGUUGCCAACUAACGUUAACGAGUCCCAUUCACCCGAGGUGCUGGUGUUGUUUUUGCUUGUCUAUGAUUUUGAUGGGGUUGGACCUCCAGUCCACAAGCUUGGGAUUGAUUCAGUUUAGACCACUUGGCCACCCAGCCAUAUGCAUCCAUCUCUGUGGCGCUACAGCCCAUGUAGGACUUUGGCCUGCCUCACUACUUCCUUCCACUCAGACCAAACUAAUGCUUUUCUUUUCCAUGCUUAGAUUCCCAGCUGCUGUAGAUCUUUUCCACGUCAUCUAUCCAUAUAUGCCUAGGUCUGCCUUUGGUCCGUUUUCCUGUGGGGUUUUGGUGAUAUUCCCUCUUCACUCCUUUGUCAUUUAGUUUUCUUUCAAAGUGUCCUUCUCAGGUAGCUUACCCUUUUCUAUUUCUGCUACCAUCAUUGGAUCCUGAUAUAGACUGUACAAUUCCUGGUUGGUUCAUACUCUCCAUCCAUAUUCAGAUCUGCCAACUCUUUCAAUUUUGUCGGAAUUAUACAGAUUUUUUACCUCUCAUUCCAACCUUCCGAUUUUUCAAAAUUUAUCAUUCUUCACCUGUCAAUUCGAAAGCAGAAGAAAAAAAAAUCGGGUACAACAGGAAGUGUUGCAUUUGUUUUUACGAAGUGUCUACAUGUCCGGCGACCUGACAAAUAAGUGAAUAAGUUCUUGAUAUAUUUGUCCGUCUACUAUGUAUUUGACCAAAUCACAUGAAGUUGCGCGAGAUAUUUGUCUUGUAGCCUUGUUAUGGGACCGCUAAUUGUCUAUCAGAGUUCACGGUAUUUCAUUUCAACAAAUUCAAGGUAGUUUUGACAUUUACACGAAAAAGAAAUAUGUUCAAUUCUACAAAAGAAAUACUAGAACCAUUGCUGGUAUAUAUAAUGAACAAGUGGUUUAAAAGUGACAAUGUUUUUUUUAUAAAGCGUGGCAUGCCCACUGGAUAAAUAUCUCCAGCAGUAUUUGUCUGGUGCCUGAGGUGUAGACACUGCCUUGUUUUUAUCAAAGUGAACCGCGAUCUCCAAAUCAUUCUUCAAUCAUAAAAAUUGUUAUAGUCAUGUAUUUUUAAAAAAUUUUUAUGUUAACUUCCAGCCUCUUCUAAAAAGGAUUUUUUAUAUGUCUUUACUGCUUUCCCCUAACAGUGCUAUAUCAUCAGCAUAUGCAAGAUACUGAAGGGGUUGAUUGUAGAGAGUGCCUAUAGGUUGUGGUUCUUGGGUUUCCCUCAGAAAGUAUCCUGCUAUUGUUCCUCGGUGUCAAUAUGCAUGUUUUUUAUAACUCUCUUCAGUGUUAGGUUAAAUAGCUUUCAAGACAGUGAGCCUCCUUGUCUAAUCUGAAAUUUCCAGCAAUGCUAUAGUAGAAAUAACCCACCAAACAAUGGCAGUGGCAGUUUCCCAUCUAUUAAAGUUACUGGAUAAAACAAGUAACACACUUUAUCAAAAUGAACCAAUUCGUGCUAACUUCUGGGAAUUUUAAUUUGUGCACCUUUUGAACACAGCGUGUCAGGCAUACAUACGUACCUAGAGAAUUAUUAGUUAUAUAUAGAAUUAAUUUCAUCCAGGGAAAUCCAUGAAGAGUUACUUUUAUCCCAUUUUUCCGAUAGAGCAAAAUAGCUGGAAAUGAGAAACCCUAGUUCGUACUCAUUUAAAUUUAUUUUAUUCAAAAAUAUAUCUGAAAUUGAUUACAUUUGUCUGUAUUUAUGUCAAUAUAGUUUGUUUCCAUACUAUUGAGGAAAUAAUGAACAUAUUCACAUUCCUUUUAUACCUUUUUGUGUUUGGAGGUUGCAUUCAAAUGGUUUCUUGUUAUUUUGUCUAGAAAGUGUUUGAUGCAUCUCUAUUCAAAAUGGUUCACAAAAAGGCGGAGGGAAAAAAGCCCAUAUUUGACAGAGAGGAGAUUAAACUCUGGCGUCAUGAUGAAAAUUUAUCAGAUGAACCAGAUUUUGAGCGUCGCCUAGUGAGAGUCAAGUCAACAUCGUCUGCUCCAAAACUGGCAUCUGAAAGUCUUUCUCGCAUGUCCCCGAAUGUUAUCAGGUAAGUCAAUACACACAGAUUUAAGCUUUAUGCUAUGAUAUUAAUUACUUCAUUUACACUUGACCUAGAACAUGGAGUCGAUCAUGAAUUGUUGAACCAAGUGUCAAGAAAUGGUUUGACUCCAUGUUAACCCAGGAACUGUGUGGCAUAGAUCUAAUGUAGUGUGGUGGGGGAGCUUUUCAGGGCUUUUUGAGGGCCUUUAGAAAUAGCAUUCAAUGGCAUAGAAAUAUGGAGACAAGACCCCAAUAAGUAGAUAAGUAGAUAUUUUUAGAAAGGUAAAUGGAUGGGGAUAAAUUUGGCUAUAUUGCCCACCGGUAAAAAAAAAAAAAUUAGUUUGUGUCCUUGAGCUUGGAGUGUCCCCCCAAAUUUUUUUUAAAAAAUUGACAAAAUGUCUAACAGUAGGCCUACUUCAGUAUCGCUAAGACUAGUAUCAGAUUCACGAGAAGAAGAAUACGAACUGAGAUCGGCAUGGGGAGUGUUAAAAUCUUCAUCAGUAUCACUUAAAUCCUCUCCUAAAAAGCUUUCAAAAAUGUUUCUAUUAGUUCUCGCACUGAAGGCCCAGGCAUAGCUUCAGCAAUUUAAGCUUUAAAAAAAAAAACCAGCAAAAUAAAAUUCCGAUUAAAAAGUACUUAUUGUUAAGUCAUCAACAAACAGCUAGACCCGGAAUAUGAUUAAAUUAUUUUAAAAAAAGGAAGUGGCUAUAAUUCCGGUUAAAUAUUGGAUUGGAAGUUGCUAUCAGACCGUGUUUUUUAUCGGCCGACCACAGUUUGUGGAUUAAAGAUGCUGGACUCAAAGUAUGCUUUAGUGUACAAUGGUAACUUGAUGUUUUUAUAGACAUACAUUUUGAAUAGCUUUCAAGCUAUAAGUCUUGUUUCUUUACAGAAAGGCUUUUGGUCUUCAGAUUGGUGUCAGAUCUAAGAGUAAAUCUCCCCACAGAGAUGGUCAGGUUUCUAGGAGUAGGUCACCUCGUAGGGAACCACAGAUCAGGUAACUUCUAACUAGGUUUGUCAUGAAAGGACACUUCCACCUUGGAACAUUGUUUGAGAAAUGAUAAACAAGAAAUUCACAGUUGAACUUGGGCAACAAUGAUGGAAUAAAUUAGUUGAUAGUUUAUGUCCAUAAAGGAAUCUUAUUGCCAUUAAGAGUUCUUCAUUCACAAAAUGUCUUUAUCUGGACUUAUUGAAAUGGAAUAUUAUCUUAACUUAAAUACGAAACAAUGAUGAAGAUCACCUACUAAAACAUGAUGUAUGGAUAGCUCAUACAUCUGGUUUUGAAAAAUGGAUAACACCAGUCCUUGCUGGUCAAAGUGGAAGUCUGUGGACAAGUUCCAGGACUACUGUUGUAGAUUUACAAAAGGCUUAUUAAUUCAUCAAUAACCAAAAUAUUGAAUCUGGUCAGUGGUGCAUUUCCUAAAGGCCCUUACCACUAAAAAGUAUGAGAAGCACUAUUCUUGACCACGUCAUCCUCUAAGACAAGUUACAGGAGUACUUAUAAUGCAAAGAGAUUUUUCACUGUGACAUCCUCUAACACUAGAACCAUGGUGUGUAACUUAACGUACAUAGUCUAUCAUAGUCAAAAUGUAUUAAAAUACUAAAGCACCCGAUAUUUAAGAGUUGCUGUUUAGAUAUCAUGAAACAUCUGCUUAUGUAAUAUGUUUACAUUGAAAAGAAAAUCUCAUUGGACCAAAGGACUGUAAACAUUUAGCUGCCUUUCAUUGUCCCCAGUUUCCUGAAAUGAUUUUACUAUUAUAGUAUUUAGAAUAUGCAGGCACUUGAAAAAAAAAUUUAUAUUAUAAGUUGGAAUCUCACAUCCAGCAUACUUGAAAAACACUUGGGUAAGAGGAAAGUCGUGAGUCUUGACCACAAGGAAAGUCAGGACACUUGGGAAAGUAGUAAUCAUGACACUUGGGCAAGAGGGAGUCAUGACGUUUUGGGAAUAUGUAAAGUUAUGGCAAACAGGCUAGAGGAAAGUCAUGAUACUUGUGCAAAAGAAAAUUCUUGAUACUUGGGAGAGAUGAAAGUGGUGGCACUUGAUCUAAAUGCUAAAAUAGCAUGGACACAGGCACUAUGCAAAUAAUAAAUCAUCAUCUAGAGGAAAGUUUUAGCAAACAGGCAAGUCAUGACACUUUGGCAAGAGGAAAGUCAUGGCUCUUUGGAAAGAGGAAAGUCAUGACAUUUGAUCAAAAGGAAAUUUUUAGCAAACAUGCGAAGAGGCAAGUCAUGACAUUUUGCUCAAAAUAAAGUAAUGGCUUUUGGGCAAGAGAAAAAUCUUUAUGCUUGGGCAAGAGGAAAUGCAUGGCACACAGGCAAGAGGAAAGUCAUGGCACUUUGAAAAGUCAUGACUCUUGGGCAAGAGGAAAGUCAUGGCACUUUGAAAAGUCAUGACUCUUGGGCAAGAGGAAAGUCAUGGCACUUUGAAAAGUCAUGACUCUUGGGCAAGUGGAAAGUCAUGGCACUUUGAAAAGUCAUGACUCUUGGGCAAGAGGAAAGUCAUGGCACUUUGAAAAGUCAUGACUCUUGGGCAAGAGGAAAGUCAUGGUACUUUGAAAAGUCAUGACUCUUGGGCAAGAGGAAAGUCAUGGCACUUUGAAAAGUCAUGACUCUUGGGCAAGAGGAAAGUCAUGGCACUUUGAAAAGUCAUGACUCUUGGGCAAGAGGAAAGUCAUGGCACUUUGAAAAGUCAUGACUCUUGGGCAAGAGGAAAGUCAUUGUAAAAAGGUAAAAGGAAAGUGGUGUCAUAUUUGCAAGAGCAUUCAUUGUAACACCACACAACAUACCAUGAAAUGGUCAUUAACCAAUUAUUAUAUAGAUUGAAUGAUCAAUCACCAUUGGAUAACGAAAUACCAAUGAAGAAUUGGAAAAUGAAAUACCAUAAUUUAUUGGAUUGGAAAAAAAAGAACUGUUGAAACAGAAAUUGCAUGGAGCAUUGGAAAAUGAAAAACCAUAAAUAUUGGAUAAUGAAUGACUAGUACCAUUAAGUUUUGUAUGAUGUUAUACCAUGAUAUGCUGAGACAUGAAAAUACACCUAUAUUUAAAAAAAAAACAAGUUUCUUAAGAAACAAUUGUCUUAUUAAAAAGAUAGUUUGUGAUUAUGUUGGUACACACUGUUGUUACCAUCAGUUAUAUUUGCAUAUUUUUCCAAUAGAAAUUUGACUAGUUGACUUAACCCAACUGGUAAACCCAGACUCCACCUAUUUAGCUAGAGGAAAAGCCCCAUGACCACUUAGCUGUGUACCUAGUAUUAACUGCUCUGUGGCAUCAUCAUUCUGUGAGCCACUGAUAGAAAUCAACUCAAACCAACUAAUAUACAUACACACAUUGCCCGUGUGAAUUGAACAGAUAGUUUGAACAAAGAAAUAGAAGGACAUCUUUAAUGACUACAAUGACAUACUGCUGAGAUCAUAGGAUUUAGAGCAUGCUUGAAUCACCACAACAUUCUCAGGGAUAUGACCUUUAGAGAGCAUGAAUAGAGUUUUGUCAAGGAACAUCUGUUAACAUAGAAUGGAAAUCAAGUAUCACGGUGAUAAGGAAAAGAUGCUUUAGCCACAGUGAUAGGUAAAAGAUACGUUAGUCACAGUUGUAGGGAAAAGAUGCUUUAGCCACAUUGAUAGGGAAAAGAUGCUUUAGCCACAGUGAUAGGGAAAAGAUGCUUUAGCCACAGUGAUAGGGAAAAGAUACGUUUGUCACAGUUUAAGGCCUCAGUGACCGGGAAAAGAUGCUUUAGCCACAGUGAUAGGGGAAAGAUCCAUUAGCCACAGUGAUAGGGAAAAGAUGCUUUAGCCGCAGUGAUAGGGAAAAGAUGCUUUAGCCGCAGUGAUAGGGAAAAGAUAUGUUUGUCACAGUGAUAGGGAAAAGAUGCUUUAGGUAGCCAAAUUUAAAUUGUUUCAUCAUUGCAACAUCUGCAGGAAAUUAAGUAGAUGGCCAAUUUCAAGACAGAUGUUAAUAACUUGAAGCUGGCAUGGUUUUAUGUAUACCACAAUGGAGUGGAAAUAAAAUAAAAUCAAAGUUUACAUGUUUUAGUCGAGUAGAUCAAGAAGCCAGAUAGAGAAGACAAUGCCAGACAAGACCCAAUAUAAAGAAGAUAAGGCCAGGCAAUUGAAAAAGUUAGACAAGGAGAUCAGAGGCAUACUUUGAAGUCUAAGAGGAGAGCCUACUGUACUACUAGAGUUGUGAUGAUUCCCUUUUGAAAUAGGAUUGUCAUUUCUAUUGGUUUAUAAAUGGCACAUGCAAAAAAAGUACAUGUCGACUGACUUGUAGAAAUAAUCUAUGACAAAUUGGGUAGGUUUUUUUUGGCAUCAAAAUUGACAUUCUAUUGGUGUUGGAUAUUGUUAAUUAGAUGCUAGGAAGACAUUCAGGUUUCUAUGGACAGCUGGAAAACAACUCUUGGUGCUAUGGAUAACAGGAAAUGAAUUGUUUAAUUUACUUUGAAUGACAGAAAAGCACUGUACAGGUUGAUAAGAACUACACAAAGCAUUUAACAGGUUGCUAUGGAAUAAAGAAAAGAAUUAAACCUAUUACUAUGAACUACAGGAAAGCAUAGAGGUUGCUAUUUUUUUGCAAUGUGACGAUGGAGUGGGCUUCGGAGGACGAAAUCCACAUGGCCUGGGAUAAUUCCUCAAGGAUUAUAAGCUGGUUCCCAACAGCAAAUCGCCGCUCUCCACGCCGCUGGAUAACCCAAAGGAACAUCAUUGGAUGAUACAGCUUGGCACCAGUGACGUCGCAGGAGUUGUUGGAAUGUUUCAUUGUAUCAAUGUUAUCCGCCUUUCGGGACUCCAUCUCCGGGUUUGAUUUCAGAGUUUCCUUCUCUUAGAUGAGUUGCCAUCCAAGGCUAACGAGUCCCAUUCACCCGAGGUGCUGGUGGUGUCUUUGCUUGACUUGGCUCUGGCUGGAGUUGAACUUGAGAUAUGCUCAGUUUAGUCCACUUGGCCACCCAGCUCCCAGAGGUUGCUAUAGUCUACCUAAAAGCAUGAUACAGGUUGCUAUAGACUCAUAUAGGAAAGGAUUAUACAUGUUGCUUUGGAUAAAUGGGAACCAUUCUACAGGUUGUUAUGAACUAUAGAUUUUCAAUGGACUACAAGAAAGCAUCUUACAGGAAAUCAUUAUACAUGUCCUAUGGACUUCAGACAAGCAUCAUACAGGUUGCUAUGGACUACAGGCAAUCAUCAUACAGGUUGCUAUGGACUACAAGGAAGAAUCAUACAGGUUGCUAUAGACUACUUAUAUGAAAUCAUACAUGUGCUAUGGACUACAAGGAAGAAUCAUACAGGUUGCUAUGGACUACAAGGAAGAAUAAUACAGAUUGCUAUGGACUACAGGCAAGCAUCAUACAAGUUGCUAUGGACUAAUGGAAAACAUCAUACGUGUUGUUACAGGCUACAUGCAGGAAAGCAUCAUACAGGUUGAUAUCACUACAAGGAAGUAUCAUUAUCACUACAAGGAAGUAUCAUACAGGUUACCAUGGAUGCUUAGGAUAAAUGGAAAGCAGCACACAGGUUGCUGUGGUCUACAAGAAAGAGUUAUAUAGGUUUCUAUUGACAACAGGAAAGCAUUAUGCAUGUGCUAUGGUGUAAAAAAUGAGCUGGUCCACUGCUCCAACAUCAAACGGAAACUUGUCCCUCUUCCCCCUUGACAGCAACGAGGCAAUAACAGGCAGUUCCAGCCCAUAACAGCAAGAUCACAGUACAAUAUAGUGACUUGAACAAGCUUCCAAAAGGAAUAGUUGAGGCGACAACAUUUGACACAUUUAUAUCUAUUGCCUCAGGCCUUCCAAACUCCAGUUCCUGAUACCAUCGCUGAGUAGCCCUUGCAACCAGUGAAAUUUCCUCUUCAUUUACUAAGCAAACAACAUUUUGAAUCCUCUCUAUAUGCAUAGGAGCCAGAAUGAUCAAUACAUUGAUCAUGGGCCAUUAAUAUAUAGAAAAAGAAGAAAAGUACAAAGAAGAAUUAUACAGGUUUCUAUGGACUACAAGCAAGCAUCAUACAGGUGGCUAUGGACUACAAGAAAGCAUUUACAGUUUGCUGUGGACUUAAAAAAGCAUCAUUCAGGUUUCUAAGGACUACAGGAAAGCAUCAUACAGGUUGCUAUGAACAACAGGAAGGCAUCAUACAGGUUGCUAUGGUCCACAUAAAAGUAUUAAACAGGUUGCUAUGAACAACAGGAUGGCAUCAUACACGUUGCUAUGCACUAUAAGAGAGUAUCCUACAGGCUGCUAUGGAACUACCGGAAAGCAUUAUACAGGUUGCUAUAGACAACAUACAUACGCUACUGGAAAGCAUUAUACAGGUCGCUCUGGACCUCAGAAAAGCAUCAUACAGGUUGCUAUCGACUUCAAGGAAGCAUUUACCCCUUGGUUUGGACUAUAAGGAAGCAUCAUACACAUUGCUAUAGAUGAUUUGGGUAAUGGAAAGCUUUAUACAGGAUGCUGAGGACUGUCGGGGUAGCAUGAUAUGGGCUGCUAUGAACUAUAGGCAAGCAUAUGUGUUGCCAUGAAUACAGAAAAGCAUACAAGUUGCUGUGGACUACAGGAAAGCAUACUGGUUGCUGUGGACUAAAGGAAAGCAUACUGGUUGCUGUGGACUACACGAAAGCAUACUGAUUGCUGUGGACUACAGGAAAGCAUACUGGUUGCUGUUGACUACAGGAAAGCAUACUGCUUGCUGUGGACUACAGGAAAGGAUUCUGGUUGCUGUGGACUCAAGGACAGCAUUAUAUAUGAUUUACUAUGAACACAAGAAAGUAUUGUACAUGUUACAGUCCAAAAAUAUGCUUUAAAAUAGAUUCUAGAUAUUUGCUAAUUCUCCAUGAAUUUGUUGAACAUCGGUGCAAUGUCAGUAUAUAAAUUAUUUAACACCAUGAUCUGCUGUAGACAUGCCAGGAUAAAUCUAAUCACCAUGAUCUGCUGUAGACAUGCCAGGAUAAAUCUAAUCACCAUGAUCUGCUGUAGACAUGCCAGGAUAAAUCUAAUCACCAUGAUCUGAUGUAGACAUGCCAGGAUAAAUCUAAUCACCAUGAUCUGCUGUAGACAUGCCUGGAUAAAUCUAAUCACCAUGAUCUGCUGUAGACAUGCCAGGAUAAAUCUAAUCACCAUGAUCUGCUGUAGACAUGCCAGGAUAAAUCUAAUCACCAUGAUCUGCUGUAGACAUGCCUGGAUAAAUCUAAUCACCAUGAUCUGCUGUAGACAUGCCAGGAUAAAACUUAACAUCACGAGCUGUGAUAGACAUGACAGGAUAAAACUCAACACCAUGAUCCAUAAUAGACAUUGGAUGCAACAAAUUUGUUCUUGCAACUACACAAGAAGAAAGCCUUUAAAGCAUUGAGAUUACCGGGUAGGGCAUUUUGCCAAGUAAGUAACUAUUGUUGUGUAUUGUUGCUUUUACAGGUACAUGUUUUUGUUUGAUGGGCUAAUUAAAAUAGUGAAUGCAUUUGAAAUAUUGAACUAAGGCAAGAAUAAGUUUAAUAUGAAAUGGUACUUUUCGAGGUACUGCUUUCAAGCUGUCAGAAGUCAAUAAAUAGGCCGACAAGAUAUGGUCAGGCUUGGAAAAAAUAGAACAAUUGAAAGUCAUUUGAUUCUAAUUGUCCUUUCUUUUCAAGCCCCAACAAAGCUGUUUAUUUAAUUGGUAUGGUGAAUGAUGCCAUUAUAGAAAUGGUUAUAUUUUAACAGUGAUCCAAAAGCUGGACAACAGUAAUUAGUUUUGUUAAAUGUUGUUUAACCCGUGAAACAAGUUUUUAAAAAUGAAGGAAAAUGGAUGGAAGUGCAAUAUUAAAAACCGAACAGUAAAAAUACAUUGCAGAUAUGUAUAAUGUGACUUUGAUUUGUACAAGAUGGAGUUAAAAGCAGAUAUAUAUAAUGUGACUUUGAUUUAUACAAUAUGGAGUUAAAAGAUUUUGUAUGUUGACUGCCAACCACUUUCUUUCCAUUCCCCUUAUCUUUGUUUUGUUAGGCACUUGUGUCCAUUCUUAUUUUUUUCUAUUUUUUCAAUUUUAGAAUUUUAGGUACGUAGCGUAUACAUAUAUUAUGCAAAUUUAAUUUUAUAAUGUUAAUGUUUUUCGUUGUAACAACAAAGACAUUUGCCAAAACUGCUCUAGCUUCAUCACAAUCUAACCCUUUUAUAAUGAGUUAAUUUGUUAAGUACACAGUUAAAUGCAGUUGUUUAGUUGAACUUUCAUUUUGAAUUUAUUUAGACUGGACCCUAGACCAGAUCCACGAUAUGAGUCAAAGUUCAGAGAGCAGUUGGAGAGGGAGGAAGAAAUUGUAAACAGAGGGAAGAGGCAACAUGACAAAGUUGUAGGAAGUAUGGACAAAAAAGGGAUUAAAAAUCAGACAAGAGAUGGAAAACAUGGAAAAAGAAAUGAUAGAGGAAAAGAAGAGCCAUAUGAUUUGCGCCAAGCACUAGAGAGAAGACGUAGUGACAGGGUGGAGUAAGUGAAGCAUUACCAUUUUCAAUAUUUGGUCUAAGAGAAGAGCUGUUAUCAAUAAAACAAACCUUCUCAAAUCAUUUGUAUAGAUCUAAUAGAAGUUACACAUUCCUUCUCAAAUCAUUUAUCUAGAUAUAAUAGAAGUACACAUAUAGUCUCAAAUCAUUUAUUUAGAUAUAAUAGAAGUAACACAUACCUUCUUAAAUCAUUUAUCUAGAUAUAAUGGAAGUUACACAUACCUUCUUAAAAUAUCUGCUUAAAUCAUUAUUUAAAUUAAGUUACACUUACUCUCUUAAUUAAAUCAUUUGUCUAGAUCUAAGUGAAGUUACACAUGCCUCCUUAAAAUAUUUUCAUUGUCAUAGUUGAUCUCAUAAAUUUGUAUUCUCGCAGAGGAAGUGGAUUUCGAAUAGAAGUACAGCGGGGAGAGGGUGAUGCUGAGCUCUUCUACAGAGAGGACACACGUGGUCAGGGAUCAAGUGUAGAAAACCAUCCAAAUGUUUCAGACUUGGCUGGAGGACGUAGCGUGGUAAUGGAUCAAAAUAAAGAUCAAAGAAGGUUUAGCAGCAUAGACAGGGAUCAACAGAGGUUCGGCAGUGCAGACAGAGACUCCAGGGGCAGCUGGGAAAAUGACAGGAGAACCGUGAGAGGACGGGGCCGUGGUAAUGGAAGGAUUAGGGGGAGGUAAGAAUAAAUAAAUUGAAAAUUAUAAAAAUAUGAAAGAAUUAGUAUACAAUCUAAAAGACAACAGAAAGAAAAACACAAGAAAGAAACCAGUAGUCAGCAACAUGAACUUAUUGUGAUGAUAAGAGAACAACAAAAGAACAGUGGUCAGCAAGAACCACAAUCCAACUGAUUACAUGAAAUGUAAAACUAUUAUGAAUGGUGAGAACUAGAUUUAGUAGGGUGAAUUUUGGUAUGAAAAGUUGUUUAUCAUGAGAGGGUUUUGUGAGUUGUAGAUGGUGAGGUCAGAUCAUGGGGUUCAAUUGUGGGGUUAGAUCGGGGUGUCAACUUAGUGUAUGCUGAGUGUUUGUUGUGGAGAUAGUCAGAUAGUAGUUAAACAAUAGAGAGAGGAAUUAGACUGAGAGAGAACGGUCAUGAACUCAGACGGGGUUGUCAUCUGAGAGCUCAAUGAUCAUCAAAUUGUUGUUAUCUGUUCCUUGGAUCUGUGUACUAUGAUACCACUUUGUGUAGCAUGAUACCAUUUUGUGUAUCAUGUUAUUAUUUGUACUGUUCAUAAUGAAUAAGGAAAUCAGACAGUGCAUCAGUUGUUCAAAUAAUUAAGAGAUCAUAUGUGGUAGAGAAACCCUUUGAGAAAUUGAACCAAUGAAGUGCCUGUCAGAAUACAGGAGGAGAUCCUAACAUUGGACACCUGAGCAGAAGAAUGACAGAUGCUGAAAAUAAAUUUGCCUUUUCUAGAAUUAAAAUGCUUGGCAGUAGUUUGGUUUAUAAUUUACAUACAAAAGUAUCUGUUGGGUACAACAUUCACUGUAUUGCUUGCUUAAAAACCACUGCUAAAUUUUAACAAAAAUCAAAUCACCAAUGAUUGGUGACAUAUUUGCUUUAAUUGUGCCUGACCCUAAAUAUGAAAUGAAAUCAUUUUAAUGGGUAGAUAACCAUUUAACAGAUAUUCUAUCAAGAAUAAUUGAUAACAAGUAGUUCAAAAGAUAGCUUGACACAUUAUUUUACUUCAAACAGAUUACGCUGGAAACACAACAUAAAAGAUAGUUUUUAUAAACAUACUAAAUGAUGGUUAUUGAAUAAAUUUUGUUCUGUCUAGAUGUUUAGUAACAAUUUUUUUGAAAAAUUUACUUGAGACACUUUAGAGAUAUAAUUCCCUGAAACAAUGUUUUGCAAUUUAAGUAUUUUUAUCUCAUUUUACACCACCGCCCUUUCCCAUGUGAAACCAUGCGUGUCUGGGGAGAGAGAGGAAGGUGGUGAAAUAUUUUUAAAGACUGUAAAAGAACACAGCCACGUUGUAAUGAUGAUGAUGAUAGUCAAAUUUUGUGCUUUGUGUUUUCACAAUGAACUUGCCAGAUGCCGCAACAUAAAUUGGACACCUGUAGUAAACAUUCCCUUUUGUGUCCUUCUGUGCUGUAGGAUGUAGUUUUGUAGCUUUACUAUUUCAUUCAGUUGAACUGCUGCAAUUGGUGAAGGUGAAAGCAAAGAAAAAUAGGGAUCAACUGCGCCUUACAGCAACAUUAGAUUUGGAAUUAUUUUAUAAAAUCUAGGAAGCAGCAUUGGAAAUGUCUUUUUAUUAGCACCCGGUUUGGUUCCCCCACUCUUUGAAUUUCAUUCUCAUAAUACAGCUUGCAGUAGUUGUUGGCCUAUCAUUUAAUGUGGCAACAGAAUAAUGGGGGUUAAAAUGAGGCUCCAAGCCUUAUUGAAAGAGGACAACCUGCUGCACGCUUCGUUAAAUAUUGUGGCCCACCUUUUGUAUGACAAAUAAACUCAUUGCUUUAUUCAAUUGGGGAUUUUUUUCCUUUUUGGCAUAAAUGAACAUUUGAAAUGUAGAUACAUAACAUUAUUUUUUUUCCCACAGUAUGCACUAUUUGGGUGCACCCUAUUUAUUUACAAUAAAGUACUGUAUAUAAAUAUAUAAACAUCAGUCAUCUACUUAGGGAAUUGACCUUUUUUUAGACAUGCAAUUCAUUAGCUAUUAUAUUGUUGUUUUUUUUUAAUUUUUAUUUAUUUACAAUUAAGAUUCAAUAUUUUACUAUUUUUAGGUGAUGCAUUACUAUUCUGAAGUGAUAUUUUAAUAUUUUUGGAGUUCCUGGGUAAACAGGUCUGUUGUCAAUAAAAUAUUUUUUGUUGUAGGAGACGACCUUGGAGCCCGGACAUAGGGCUGGAUGGUGGCAAAAGACAAGAUGACUCAAGGGAUGUAAGGGAUAAAAUCUUAGAGCGGAGACAUAGAUACAGUAUGAGUCCAAACAACAAUCGAGGUUUGUCUUGUUCCACUCUUUUCAUAGACUAUUAAUCAAUUACUGCCUUAACUACUUGGAAUGAAAACAUGCUCUCCUGCCUAAGCAUUACAUAACUCUGUGUAAAAUAAUUUUUUAUUCAAUAUAAAAAUGAAUGAAAUUUUAUAAUCACACCGGCUAUCUUGAGAAUAAUCUUUGAAUUAAAACUUCUGAAGCUGACUCAGAUCAUGUCCACAAGUUAACAGGCAGUCGCCAUGGUCUACAUCUGGUACUAUUAUCUACACAUGUUAUAGUGUUGAUUUUUAAAGUCAGUUUUACAAACCUGUUUACCCUCAAACUCUUAAAAUUGUACAAUAAUCAUGGGGGCUUAAACUAGUGAUUAAUUUUGUCCUGGAAAACUUGGAGACUGAUUUAUCAACCCUCCUGGUGGAAAAUUAUGUUUAUACAUUUGCUCAUUAUUUGUGUUCUGAAUAUGGCCAAUGCAUAUAUAAUAUAAUGAAUGCAAAAAAAGUCCAAUUUCAUUACACACACACCCCCCUCGCCCCAUACACACAUUUUUUAACCCACACUCUUUUUGGACAACCCUCUCUGCAUAUGUACAAGGGAGGUUUCACAUCGUCCCCUUCAAGAUAAAAAAUAUUAUUUGUUGUAGACUACUAUUGCCCAAGACAAUUAAAGUAAGUUAAAUUAAACCAUUAAAUAUUUUUGCCCCAUAGGGAUAUAAAUUGUAAUAGGGGGAGGGGAAAGGAGAGAGAGAAAUUUAGUCUCUGUGAUAUAAGAGAUGUAUUAAAUUUUAAGAGUCAGGAUAUUUUUUGUUAAAGUUAACAAUAACUACUGUUAUUAUUUGUUGUGUAUGGCAAUAAAAAUAUGUUUAACCUAUUCUAAGUUCUUCAGGUUUUUCUUAAGUAUUUAGUUUCUAGUUCCUCAAGUGAGGCUUAGGCCAAAACAUCAGAUGAACGUUUUAUUGGGAGGGUGGGGGGGAUGUUCUCUAACUGGUUCAGCUGAACUAAAUAAUUACCACAUGUAACACAAUCCACUUAUAAUGCGAACCCUUAAAUGUUUGUUUUUUAAAAUGCUGUUAAAUGCCAUGUCCACAUGUAACACCAUUCGUUAAUCUUGUCAAUAACAAUACAAUAGGAUUUAAGGAAAUACAUCAUUAUUUUUUCAAAGUUAAUUAAAUUAUUAAAAUAUUAUUUCCAUAUUUGUUAUAUAAGUGAAUUUUCCUUCAAAGGGAUUGCUACUUACAUGAUGUUAUGCACAGGUACAUUGCAUACACGGUCACCAAAUGGGAGUUUGCCAAGAUAUGAUUGCAUAUGCAUUAAAAUUACUUGGCAAUAUACAGUAUGUCACAAAUUACAUCACACCUAUAGAAACAUAAAGAGGACUACAGUUGUCACUUGGCUAAAAAUUACUUUUUCGAAAUCUAGCGAUAUAUUUGUGAAAACUGAAAGAAACAGUAUGACAUGAUUACGAAACAUUGCAGUGAUAUUAAAAUGAAGCCUUUAAAAACACAUUUUUUGGGGACCUUUGACCUUAUUAGAGAUAUAAAUUGGCUAUUUAAUGAAGUUUCAGAAUUGUGCAUAAAUGUAUGUUUACUUACACAUACUGCCUAGCCCCCACCCCCCUAAUAUGCCUUAAAAACAAAAUCUCAUAUAUCGAUAUGUUUGUGAAUUUUUAUAAAUAUAUGUGAAUGCGUUAAUAAAUUUGGUAUGUAUUUAAAUAGCUUCAAUUUAAUUUUGUUUAAGGAUGGCGGGGAUACAGAGGUCGUGGCAGAGGUCGUGGAAGAGACUUCAUUUUGUAUGAUCAAGACAUUUCUUCUCCUACUGAAAUUGAUGGUACAUUUUCACAUUAUAACCAAAUACCACAACAUUAGCUCAAACAAAAAGAACAAAGUUUUAUAAACUAGUUAACCUAUAAUUUCCAUUUGUCAGCUGUUAGUGUCAACAAUGAUGAAUUUGCUGCAGAAAGUGAUAAUGGAAUUAAAAGGGAUGUUUCAGACCUGUUUACUCUUACCAUUUUGGCAUACAGUACAGUGGAUGAUUUUGAGUUGCAUUUUAGGUUUGUAUGCCAAGACCUGACAGAACUGCAAUUUUCAGAGACCAGAUGGAACUUAUAUCCAUUCUGGUAGUUUUUACAAUUUUAAAAAAAUACACUUUCAGAUGUUAAUUUUUAUUUGCACUCUACAUCCAGUAGUAAAUGGAUAGAGAAAUACAAGUGUUUGGGGACCAUCUAUAAUGACAACAGUUGUACUGAGAAUGAAAUGGAUGGUGGUUAGGAGAUUUUGGUUGGAAGGGGGGGGUUCUAAAUAUUUAAGUCUAUAAAAUUAACACCACCACAUUUUGGUAAUGAUAGUGGUGCUGGUAUUAUUGUUGCUUUGAGCUUUCAUAAUAAAUUCGCUAGACACAAAAGUAAUAUUGGCGUCAAAAUUUAAUCUUAAGUACCUGGUAGGUUUUUUUUUAAAUGAUGCCCUAAUUUGUUAUUUAAUUCUUAUUUCAAUACAUUUUAUUUGAUGCUGAUCUGUCUUUGAGUUUGAACCAUGUUAAAUAUCACCAUAAACUUUAUUUUCUUACCAGUGACAGACUGUGAACAAUGUGUUCUGCAUGUUCACCUAAUUUUAAUUGAUCUCUAUGGCUUAUAGCAGAUACACAUCUGCAAAACAAAGUGAUCGUAGAUUGCAAUAUAAACAUCAGUCACCUACUUUUAGAAGAUACCUGUUUUGAUCCCAGCUUAACUUGGCCCCACUAGACAUGCUUGCCAGUAGAUAUUGCAUACAUUAUACUCUAUGUUUAUUUAUUUACUGUUAAGAUACUUGUACUUAUUGUUCAAUUUUGAGACAAUGGUGUACGAUUUUAGGAGUUUGAGGGUAAACCCGUCUGUGUUCUUAUGCAUUCCUUCAAGAUUUGAACCCUGAUUGUAACCAAAGAAAUACAGUUUAAAACCGGGUUUCUCUAAUAAAAAAGAAACCCCAAAAAUACUUGAACAUCCCUCUACUGUGUAUAACACAACUGUCUUUAAUACAUUGUAUCAACCAAUUAACCAUCAUAAUGGUCAAUCAUAGGCCAUUGUGGCUGCUUGUAUGCCGUUAACCCUGACAUCAUCAGCUACUAAAAUGUGUAUCGCAAGUUGUAUGUUUUUUCUUUAAGGUGGGUAACUGGUAAACCGGUUUAACUUCCUUUCUAAUGAAACACACUGCAUACAUUUCAUACAAUUUUUAUUUUUAAAUAUUGACUUGAGAUUAAAUUUUCUGUUUUUUCUUUUGUUGUUUUUGUUAACAAUCUUGUAAGGCCCUUUGGAUUAUACUAUUUCUUUAUGAAAAUGAAUUUGAAAAUACUUUUGUUGGAGCUAGUAGUGAAAUAAUGAUAGCAGAGCUGGCAGUUCAAGUUCUAGGAGUGAAAGUUGUGGUGAAAAGACUAUCCUGGUCAGUUGGUUGGAGUACCAAUGAAUUUAAUAAGAAUUAAACGUCAAGAAAUAUCAAGUUGAAAGCUGAAUUAUAAUUUUUUUAAACUGAAAGAAUAUUGUUUUCUUUGUCUGGAAAACAUUAUUAUGAUAAAAAAAUCAGGGUAGGUGUCAGCUGAAUGCAGAAAAAUGGUAGCACUCACUGUUUAAAGGUCAAUAUCAUAUUAAUUUUACAAAGCUCACAGAAUACCUCAAUUCAUAGCAAAUGAUUCCUUAUCAAAGUUACUCUCAGAAGAUGUAUAUUCAGAUGAAUCUCUGGAUUAAUUUUCUGUAAAUUUUGGUAUUUCAGUGAUAUUUAUCAAAUGUACUUUAAAAAAAUGCCUUGAUAGCCACAGUAAAGGUACACUUGAUGCUUUGUGUAUUCAGACUAUCUGUGUUACCGGUACUCAUACUGUACAUUGUAUAAUGGCUUAUGUAAUUUAUACAUUUUAAACUGUCAUCUUUUAUUAACGUAUUGUAUAGUGGCAUCUGACAAUUUAGUAUGUCCUUGCAACUAACCCUUUUAAGUGCAGUUUAUAUUUAUGAAAAAAAUAAUUUACUUUUGAUUGUCCAGAGUAUUUUUUCACUGCCAGUAAUUUUGUUUCCAAAGCUAAUCCAUGCUUCACUCAAAUUGUCUUUUUUUCUUUUUUGUUUCAGAUUCAUUUAAAUACACACAGGUAAGGAGGAACAACGCUGUAAGUUUAUUUCAUUCCAAUAUUUUAUCAGAUGGGGGGCUGACAUGCCUUCCUUUUCUUUGGUUGUUUUCAUGAUACCAUUUGGCUGCUGGUGCUAGCAUAACUCAUCUUAAAUAAAGACACUCAUUGACUUUAGUGGUACAUGACAGAUACAUCUAAAAACACAGGCAGUGACUUCAGUGAUAGGUGGCUGAUACAAGUAAAAACACAGGCAAUGACUUCAUGAUAGAUGACUGAUACAACUGAAAUCACGGGGAGUGACUUUAGUGAAAGAUUAGAAAUAAAUGGGAAAAACUUCGGUAACAAUAGUAUUGACAAUUUAUUGAUCAGGAUAAACACUGAAUUGAUAUAAUGGUCCAUUCCAUAAUAUGAUCAAACUUUUAGUCAGUAGACUGGUAAACUUGACAUCAUAAAGGCUGAAAUCUAACAGGAAUGAAUGAAAUUAUUUUCAGCAUGAUGAUCGUGAUGUCUCACCCAAAGUAUUCCGCAGUCGAGGUGGUCGUGGCAGGUUCCCCAUGAGAAGUUUUGGUAGCAGCAACUUUCGAGCUAAUAGCCGUGGAUUUAGGGGUGGAGGUGUUAGCAGCGGAAGAGGCUUCAGAGGUGGCUACAGGGGAGGAUAUAAUUCUAUGGCGGACAGGAGUAUGUGCCCAUAUUAAACAAUAACUUUAACCUCUUUGCAACCUGACCUGUUAGGAGUAAAUGUGCUAAUUGAAUCUGUCCAAUUAAAUUGCAUCGCUGUAAAUGAACAUGACAGGAGCAAAAGCCUGUUUCUAUUUGACCUAAAUUAGAUGAAUCUGUUGAUGUCUUUUAGUACGGUAUUGCCAGCUAUAAAUCCAGAUCUGAUGUCAGUAUACUACUACUAGUACUGUAGUACUAGGAGCUGAUAGUAACUUAACUAAGUCAUAAUAAGGAAUCUUAUUUUUUAGAUUUCAAAUAUUGAAAUUAAUCAAGUAUUGAAAGUCAACUGUCUUAUUGUGUUAUUUUUAAAAGGGUUUACAAAAAAUUCAUUUUUUUAAUAUUCUGAAGAUCAAACAUCAAGGAAAUAGAAAUAGGUAAAUAAGUCAAAUUUAAUGUCAUUUCCAAAAUGUUUGACCUUUUAUCUAUGAUAAUUGCCAAUUUAUAACACACAAGUUCUGUGUGCUAUUUAAUGUGAUUGUAAUGCUGUGAAUCGCCAGCCAAGAAUGAUGUGUUUGCAGUACAUGAUGCUAACUCCAUACAGGAAAAGCUGCACCCUAGCUAGUAUAACAUUAAUCUCCUGCAGCCCUCACACCCUACGACAAUCCCUUAACUAUACCUCCCCACGACUCAUCCCAAGUAAAAGCGGGCCGAAUAAUAAUAUUAUAUUGAAUAUGACAAUAAAAUAAUAUAUAUAUAUAUAUAUUUAAAUAUAAUAUAUGUACAUAUAAAGAGCUUAAAUAUACUGCUCAAGUAAUAAAAGGGUUCUAAUAUUAUUUUUUUAAACAACCUGUACUUCAGUGAUAAAUAAUUUGUUAACUUUCACUAAUCAGUCCAAACACAAAAAAUGCUGUUCUGACACCCUGAUGUUAAAUUCUGCACUUGGAUGGCAGUGAUCAAAUCAGGCUUGGUAGUGGUCAAAGUUAGAUUUGGUAGUCCGCCUAUGACCUGUGAUGCACCCUCCUUGCCCUACCUCAUUUUCUGUUUCGGUUUAAUCCUGAAGUGUCAAAGUGUCCUCUUUUUAUAGCCAUUUUCAUUGUUUCUAUAGAAUAGUAGUUACUAUCCUAGUGUCUCAUUUGUAUUUACUUAGUUUACAUGUUUUAACAAUUGUAAAGCGCUUAGAGCUUUAUGAUAAGGGCUAUAUAAAAAUGCCUAAAUAAAUAAAUAAAUAAAUUUGGUAGUGGUCAAAGUUAGAUUUGGUAGUGGUCAUUGUUAGAUUUAGUAGUGGUCAAAGUUAGAUUUGGUAGUGGUCAAAGUUAUAUUUGGUAGUGGUCAAAGUUAGAUUUGGUAGUGGUCAUUGUUAGAUUUGGUAGUGGUCAUAGUUAGAUUUGGUAGUGGUCAUCAUUAGAUUUGGUAGUGGUCAUAGUUAAAUUUGGUUGUGGUCAUCGUUAGAUUUGGUAGUGGUCAAAGUUAGAUUUGGUAGUGGUCAUUGUUAGAUUUGGUAGUGGUUAAAGUUAGAUUUGGUAGUGGUCAUUGUUAGAUUUGGUAGUGGUCAUAGUUAGAUUUGGUAAUAGUCAUAGUGGUCACUGCUUUUUUCUAAGGCUAUUUCUUUGAACUGGGUAUGACUAAAAAAGGACAUAGAAUAAGCCAAUGAUAAUUUUUAGAGGAACUAGGUCAAAUGAUAGUCGGUAAAAAAAUCAUGGAGAAAUAAAAGUAUGUGCUGCAUAUUUUAUUCCGUAUUUUAAUUACUUCCUAUCAAAAAUGACACUCCUCACAUAUACAACAACAAAAAAGAGCUGCCAGGGAUUGUGGAUAGAGACCAGGGAUGGUUUAAAAAUAUUAACAAAUAUUAUUACCCCACCCCCCACCCCCCCACAGGAUCCCUGCCCCUCUUAUCUUCACACAGCCCUGAGACCACGUUUGUUGCAUAUCUUGCUAACUUUGCUUUGGCUGUAUAAUGUAUAAGAUGCUAACUUUUUCAGGAUCCCUGGAGAGAAGAAAUACCAGCUUGGAUCGGGAGUGGAAGCAUGAUAUGUACGACAGUUUGAUAGCAGAAGAUGACCAGUCUCACAGGACAGCUGUGAUCAGUUGAGGACAUACACAUUGUGGAAUGCUUGAUUUUUCUUGUCAUAGAUAAGUUUUCAUCAUGUGUUAGUUAAUGUGGUUGAAUAUGACAAUGCAAUAAUUCUCUGUGUUUGUUGUGUUGCUGCUGCUGCUAUGGAGUCAAAGAUUUCUCAGUAAUUCCUUGUCUCUCUCUCUCAAACAAUGGGAAAUAUGAAAGCAGUUAUCCUGGUAUUUUUAAAAAAAAAUCUUUUCUUCAAACUUCAUUCUGGACUGGAUCUAAAAUCAGUAGUGUCUAUAGGACAUCAGUGUAGAGUGGCCAUUGUAUUUAUAAGUACUCUGUAGUGCAACAAUCAGCUUGCUGGAACAAUCGGCUUGCAGUCAAAGACAAUUUAAGUGAAAAGUUUUCAUUGUCAUUCAAUAAAAUGUUUAUGAAAUUAAAAGAGCAUACGACUAAUUACUAAUCAUUAUACAUAAUUAAUGUUGAAAUGUCUGAUAAUAGUAAUAUUUAUUGAAACAUGAGUACCAUGAAUAUUAACUGUAAUUUUACUUAAUAAAAAUGAGGGAUGUUUUGAUAAUAAUAAGGUUAGUCCUUUGAGUUCAUGAUGAUCCAUAGAUCACAAUAAAAUAUUUGGACACCCUCAAUUGUACUGUGAUAAUUUUGGUAGGAUUUAGUAAAAAAAAAAAAAUUAAAUGGAAUAUAAAGGCUUUCUUGAUGUGAGAAUUUUUAAGGUCUAGUGAUUCCAUGUUCCAAUGUUUUUCCAUAUUUAUGUUCAUAUUUGAGAAUUGUUUAUCCCUGUACUUUAAGUUGGUUAUUAAUAGGAUCUUUUUCUUGUUUUUAUAUAAAAAUAAAAGAAGUUCAAUUAUUGCUUUUGACAGUCCUAAUUGUAAUAUGUCGCUGUCCAAUUGUUGAAAUAAAUAUAUUCAAUAAAUUGCUAAA